AUGCCUCCCGCGUUCGGCCCGUCCGCUAUGGACGCGCGCGUUGGGGACCUCUUUCCCAAGAACCAGAAGCCCGUUUUUGGGAAGACGCAGCAGGCGCGCGAGUGGAAGCAGGGUGUCAUGUCUGUCACGUCGAGCGAGUGGCUCAUUCAGCUGAAGACGACCGAGUACUGUGACGGGCGGGUUAAAGACUUGCAGGAACGCCUGAAACUAGACGCGCACCGAGUUCAGGCUGCAAGUGGCAACUUGUCCUUCUUUGACUUCGUGGACAUGUUAUUAGGGAAGCAGGACUACGACCAGCUCAUCAAAUUGGGACCGGACGGCCCCAAACAACUCGGCAUCGAGUACGGUCGCGUGCUCGUCGACGUCUGCCAAGGGCCGCCAAGCGUUAUUCUUGAUGCGUGGCUGAACUCGCUGGAGGCGUUCGUGCGCUCGCCGCACCCGUCGGAGUCGUCGGCGCACGAACUCGGGGAGAUCCUUAAGACUUGGCCCAAGGUCUCUCAAGACUGGCCAUAUCUGCGUUCAGCGGAGCGCAGUCGCAUCAUCUCGCGGUGUGAGCACGCGCUUAGGCACCUCCAGCAAUACAAGGAGGGCGGGACUUCUCCAGACGAGCUCGUCCACCAUGUACCGACUGGCUCAACGCUGCUUGGUCAGCGCCCGCUCAUUGCGUGGCACCCUGAAGUGCACAAGUGUGCGACAUGUGCGGAGGAGUACAGGCAGGUGUCGCACUCGCUCGCCCACUCCGCCACCUCCCCCUUCGCCCCUCAAGCUCGCGCCACCGUAGCGAGGCAGAUGCGGACGUUCUGA